AUAAAUACACUUUAAAUAACGGAUUAACACAAAAUAAUUCACACAUUCAUUGGCUAUCAUUGAGUCUCACAAUCACUAUCGAGACAUUUCUUGACAAACACUUUAAGCAAAAUGUCAUUUUUAAAGCUAUUUUCGUUCAACAAUUUGCUAAUCCAAUACAUCAUAGCGUUUGCAACGCUAUUAAUCGCCGUAAACAUCAGCCAAUGUCUGGAGGGCCUGAUCACUGCCAUCGGCCGGUGGGCUGUAGUGGCCAUUAUAGCCUGGUUUGGGGCAAAACGCUGGCGCAGACACCAUAACAACCGGCGCCUCACAGCGUAUAAGCGGGCGGUUUUGGUAACAGGCUGUGACAGCGGGUUCGGUAACGCCCUGGCCAUGAAACUUAACGAACACGGCUUCCGUGUGUACGCCACUGUGUUGGACACGGAGGGGGAGGGGGCGCGCAAUCUGUUGACCCGACAAAGGUUUGACGGCCAGACCCGUGUCGUACGUAUGGAUGUGACCAGCGAUCAGGAAGUAAACAAAGUGUAUGAAACAGUGGCUAAAGAGUUGGUGGACAACGGGGAACAGCUGUGGGCAGUGGUCAACAACGCCGGUAUACUAACGCUCGGACCCCUCGACUGGGGAACAGUAGAUACCUAUAAGCGGAUCCAUGAGGUGAACACGUUUGGUAUGGUUCGGGUGACCAGAGUUUUUCUGCCACUUAUUAGACAAUCCAAAGGUUUGUGUGUUUGACUUAUGACAA